UUGCCAUUGAUUUCUAAUAAAUAAUUAGGAUUGUUAUUAUCAGUUGAUGUAAUAGAAAGAUGCUGAGUAGGUCAGUAAGAUGAUACCAUUUACCACCAGAAACAGAAAGCUGGGACUGUCAGCAGACAGCGACAGCGCUAAUUCUGAAAUGAUCUCCACAUUAAAACGUUCCACAUUACGGUUGAAACACAUUCCAUUGAAAGCAAAAUGCUUUAUUAUAACAAUUGUGCUGUUGGCUAUUUACCUAGGUACUACGAUUUAUUUGUCUCUAAGAGAAAACAGAUUAACAAAAGAGGAGUUUUUGGAUGUGUAUAAGUGUCCAGCAUGUUAUGGCCAUAGUUUUUGCUUCAAUUUCUUCGAUAAUCAGUUUGAUUUGACAGGAAUUUCAAAAUAUUCAAUGUUGGAUGUUGUUAAUGUGAAAAAUGUUCAUUUUGCUUUCCACAAAGAGCACAAUCACAGAGUAGUCCUUAAAAAACUUGCACAUACAGUUGAAAUAAAGAGAGUGGAUGACCAAAUAUGUACAGAAUCAUUCAGGGAGCCAGGGUGUGACGUAGCUCGGAGAUUUGUUUUAUCAACGAUUGGCAAAGAUAUCAGCAAGAACGGAUUACAGCCAAAACAUUUUAAAGAUACAACAUUUAUGUUUCUUUGUGUGACCCAUAAAUUACUGGACAGAAUUGUUGAAAGAUACCAAGAGAAGUACAAGGGGACCAUCGUUACUACCGAUAUUAACCUUCAGUUACUGUACACCGCCCGAGUCAACCCCGAGCCUCUCAUGCUUCAGACAUUUCCGUCCUCCGAGGGCUGGCCUUUCCCGGCAUAUCUCGGGUCCUGCGGCCGCUUUAUAGUGCAGGAAUAUGGGGGACAGCCUCUCAACAACUUUGUGAAUGCCCCCUUUGAAAAGAGGGCUGACCUGGCAUACCAGAUGUUAAAGAUGGCAGAGAAGCUUACCACAGACCCAGAAUGGAGCCUCUACUGGACAGAUCUUGCGUAUCAAAACUUUGCAGUUGAUGAAGCAGGAAAACUUCUGUACAUCGAUGUGGAGAAUAUAGUGGUUGUAGAUAAGGAGGCUACGAAGCUAGUCAACCCGAAAACCUACAACGACCUGGCGGAAUCUGUGUACACUGCAUGUCAACAUGCGAACGCCCAGGACUGCUUGAACUUUGACACCGACCAACUGUGCUCACACCAAGAUGCAGACCACAAUUACUACGCUGCCUGCAGAAACAUGCUGUCUUCAUCUGCAGAUAAUAGGCACUUGGGCGGGCUUGCAAACCUUCUGCAUGACAUUCCAGACAGAAUAAAUAGCCAUUGGGACCUUGAUCACCACCUGAACUCAUGCGUCCGACCCAGUGUGCCUCAAGGUCGUGUGAAAUCUGCCCACCACCUCAUGUUGGCGUUGGAACACAUACGGGACAGCAAAUCACCAUGAAAGUCAUGAUUGUAUUGGAUGUAUCUGUGAUGUUUUAUCAUAUUUCCCAUGCAGAUAUCAAUGAGGCUUGGAUUUGAAAACAUUGGGCGGAUUGUUUAGAAUUUAGUUAAAGUUAACAAUGAGAUUAAUGAUAUUGUUGUUAACUUUAAAAUAUGAAAUAUUUGACGAUGUUCUAUUACACAUAUUUAGAUACAAAAAAGCUCAGCUAAAACAGCUGUCUCAAAUUUUGUUUAAAAUACAGAGAUUACAAGCGUUUUCAUUAAAACUCUGAGCAGUUAUGAGUUACAAUGCACCAGUCAAUUGUUACCAGUGCCCCCCCCCAGGUCUGGGGGUAUACCGGGGAUAGCCAGGGAAAUGGGCCGUGUUUUUACCUUUCAGGUGGCCCCGCAGUGCCGGGUGAAUGCGGUGGAUUUGUCUUCGAGCAAAAUAUAGCGGGGAAUGGGCCUUACCUAGGGUCCCUUGGGUGCAGGGGCAUUUGGCGGGGAUUUUACCAUCAGUUCGUCUCCCGCAGGGCAGGGAUUUUACCCGGGGUUGGCUGGACUGAAAGUCAAAGUCCCCGCUAUUCCCCUGACCUGGGGGGGCCGUGGUUACAAUUGACUGGUGCAUAAGGUAAUAAUGAUGAUGUUGUUAAUGUCAUCUUCAACAAAGAUCUGAACAAUCAGUCCAAUAUCUUAUUAAUUUUGGUGCUUGGAUGUUUAUUUUUUGUUUAAUUAUUCAAGCGUUAUGAUUGUGUGUUGGUAUUUUUUGGAUAUGGUGAUAUUUUUGAAGGUCUUAUGCUCUGCUUAAAUUUGAGAAUUAGCCUGUUUUGAUCGAUACUGACCACGCUGGAUCGAUUUCAGUAGCUGAGAAUAGUUUAAAACAUUGUAAGAUUUUGUUUUCAUAAUUUUUGGUCCAAGAUAGUCAGUCAUAAGCAGUUUGUUAUAUGACAAAUGGACAAAUUUCAAUAGUUCAUAAAUGGAUAAUUAUGUUUCAUGUAAUCUCAUGUGUACCAUGUGCUUGGACAGAUUACAAGUGUCCCCCAAUUAACAGAUAUUAAUUGAUCAGCAUAGCAGAUUAGCAGCUGGUCACGAAGGUAUAUCGGUUAUCUUGACACAUUUAUUGGGGUAUUACAGUCAUCGAAAUUAGACUUUUGGAUCAACAAGCCCGAAUUAUUAUACUAUUGCUUGGCAUCAAAUUUUUUAACAUGCCCUGCUAUAUAAAAUUCAGAAUUUGAGGAAGCCCGAAAGACAUUUUACUAGUGCAGGCCUUCCGGGCUUGUGCUAAUUUCGACCACUGGUAUUUGGGAAUGUGUAAAGAUCAAAACAAGAUUGGUGUAUUACUUUUUCUAUGCUGAUUAGGUGAAAUUAUGUUACGCGUAUAGAUACUUACAUGUCUUUCCAUUUGUGGAUUACCACACUUACAAUUUCAAAAUUAACUUUAGAAGAACAUGAAGCACCUGUUCAUGUUUUUUGGCUCAAAUUUCACUGAAUUAAUAUUGCAUAUCAUUUGAUAUUGUAUGCCUUAGAUCCAAUAUUGGAAUGAAAAUAUUAUCAUAAGAUAAAACACAUCAAUAUACAGAGAGAUUGAUAUUUACUAUAUGCACACUAUUUUUGGACUUAGACUGAUUGUGAUUUCAAAAUUUUAGCAAUGUUGAGGAGUGCUGCUAACUACCGGUAAGCUACCAGUAUAACAUAAUGAAAUUUAGAAAAAUAAUGUUCAGCAUAAAACAUCAAUCUCGAACGUCAAGAUGAAAAACUGUGAUCGGAUCUUUUGUCAGCAGUCUUAUAUCACAGGUUCUGAGACACUUAAGCAAAAAUUGGCUCAUUUCAAGGCAAGAAAUAAAAAGCUUGUCAAAACGGUCCAUCUAUGAGAGUGCAGCUAUAACUUCAACAACACAUUUGUCUGAUGGGAACAUGAGAUAUUGCUAGUAAUAUGUCCCAUGGUACAUUACGAUGUACGGGCAUAAUCAAGUCCCAUGUGUUUUCGACAAUGUCAUUUGAAUGCUUGUUGUGUCCUCUUAAUAAGAUGUCAUCAUUGAACCCUUCUUGGUGCUCUGGUGUAACAACAAUUGCCAUUGUCAAUUAAUAUUUGAUCAUGUUCAUUCCAUUAUAAUUAUUACCGGUACUAUCCACAGGCCUUAUUCGACAAUGAUCUGAGUAAAUCUUACCGUAGUUGUAAAUUCAAUUAUUCUACAUAUUUAUGUGUAUUAUAAUAGCCUGUAUUUUAAUAAAGUUGAGAAAAUGAAGAAAAUCAACUUGUUACAAUAUAUGUGUAAUUUAAACAGAUUUAAACAAAAUGAAGUUAACUCAAAGAUUCUUUAUGAAACAGGGUCUAGCCUUGUCUAUAUUAAUGUAUUGUAUUCUUAUAUGAUUGUGUAAUUAUAUGCCAUAAAUGGCUCAGGAA